CGGCGGGCGGCGGGUCCCGCAGCCCCUCUGGGCCGCGCCUCCUCUCCGGCCCGCCUUCCUGGGGGAUGAAACUCGGCAGCGGCUUCCUCGGCGGCGGCAAGAGGGCGGCGGCCAUGGAGCCCACGUUCCCCCCCGGCAUGGUGAUGUUCAACCACCGCCUGCCCCCGGUCACCAGCUUCGCCCGGGCGGCCGCGCCCCCCCCGCCGGCCCAGCACCCCCCGCAGUGCGUGUUACCUCCGGCCGCCGCCGCCGCUUCCUCCACGGCGGGCGAGCCCCCGGCGCCUCCGCCCCCGCAGGACGUGACUUUCAAGAAGGAGCCGGCGGGGGCUUUCCCCUCCGCGCCCUCCUCGCAGAGGAGCCCCUGGGGCUUUCUGCAGUCCCUGGUGAGCAUCAAGCAAGAGAAGCCCAGCGAGCAGGAGGAGGAGGAGCAGCAGCCGCAGCACCAUCACCACUACGGGGGGCUCUUCGGGGGAGCGGCGGAGGAGAGACCCCCCGGCCUGGGCAGCGGCAGCGGCGAAGGAGCCGGCCAGAGCGUGAUCCAGGACCUCAGCCUUCUUCACCACCUGCACCAGCAUCCCCACCGAGACCUGCUGCUGACCGGCAGAGGCGAGGGCGCCCCAGGGAGCGCAGGUGAGCCAAAGCACGACGCCCAGGUCAAGAAGGCAAAGAGGCCAAAGCCAGAAACUCAGGGAAUCAAAGCCAAGCGGAAGCCAAGCGCUUCAUCCAAACCCCCCCUGGUGGGAGAUGGGGAAGGUGCCGUUGCGUCCCCCAGCCAGAAACCUCACGUCUGCGAACACUGCAGUGCUGCCUUCAGGAGUUCCUAUCACUUACGCAGGCACGUGCUCAUCCACACCGGAGAGAGGCCUUUCCAGUGCAGCCAGUGCAGCAUGGGCUUCAUCCAGAAGUACUUACUGCAGAGACAUGAAAAGAUCCACAGUAGAGAGAAGCCUUUUGGGUGUGACCAGUGCAGUAUGAAGUUCAUCCAGAAGUACCACAUGGAAAGACACAAGAGGACGCAUAGUGGAGAAAAGCCAUACAAAUGUGACACUUGUCAGCAGUAUUUUUCAAGGACUGAUAGACUGUUGAAGCACAGAAGAACAUGUGGUGAAGCCAUAGGUAAAGCAGGGCCUGGAAUGGAGCCUGGAUCAUCAAACAGCAUGGGUAGCUUGGCUGCAUUGUCUCAGGGAAAUACAAGUUCCUCAAGGAGAAAAAGUAAAACAAAAAGUACAUCCACUGAAAACAAAGGAAACAAGUGUAGCAGCAAAAUAGCUGAAUCUCAAGUUACAAGUAAUGUGGCCAUGCCAAGUUAUGCAGUUGAUAUUCCUAUUGUGUCUUCCAGUGGUGGUCUAGUUGGCACAGGCAUAGAAGAACUUCAGAAAAAAGUGCCAAAAUUGGUCUUGAAAAAAGCAAGCAGAAAACAGGCAGACAAAAAUUACCUUAAUUUUGUAUCACCACUGCCAGAUAUUUUGGGGCAAAAACCACUGUCUGGGAAACAGAGUGGCUCUCUGGGCCUAGUAGCCAAUACCGGUGUAGAAACUAUUGGCCUUCUCCAAAGUACAGGUGGUAAACCGGGUCAAAUAAGUAGCAAUUACGAUGAUGCCAUGCAGUUUUCCAAGAAAAGAAGAUACUUACAAACUGCAAGCAGUAACAGUGCCUUUUCACUUAAUGUUGGACACAUGACUUCCCAGCAGUCCGUCAUCCAGUCUCCAGGUGUUAGUGUUAUGGAUAACGAAGCUCCUUUAUCUCUCAUUGAUUCAGCAUCUUUAAAUAGUGAAAUAAAGUCUUGCCACGACAAGUCUGGUAUUCCUGAUGAAGUCUUACAGAGCCUUUUGGACCAGUAUUCUCACAAAUCAGAAGGCCAGAAAGAAGAUCCUUUCAGUAUAACUGAACAGCGUGUGGACUUGCACACCUCAGGAGAACAUUCAGAGAUGGUUCAGGAAGAAAACUUGAGCCCUAACUCUCAGACAGUUUCAAAUGAUAAGGCAAGCAUGUUGCAAGAAUACUCAAAAUACCUCCAACAAGCCUUUGAAAGAACAACCAAUAGCACUGGUUUUGCUUUUGGACCCAGUUUCCAGUUUGUUAGCUUGUCUUCAACUCUCCAUAACCACACUCUGUUCCCAGACAAACAGAUAUACACUACAUCUCCACUUGAGUGUGGCUUCAGCCAAUCUGUUACCUCAGUAUUGCCAACUGCGUUGCCAAAACCUCCAUUUGGGAUGUUGCUUGGAUCUCAGCCAGGCUUUUAUUUGUCUGCUUUGGAGGCUUCGCAUCAACAGUUGACUCCUUCUCAAGAGCUGGAUGAUCUCAUUGAUCCGCAGAAAAACUUAGAGACUUCGUCUAACUACCAGUCAGCAUCUCAGAAACUGACUGGCCAGAAGGAACAGAAAAACUUAGAAUCCUCAACGAGCUUUCAGAUCCCAUCUCAGGAGUUAACUAGCCAGAUAGAUCCUCAGAAGGACAUAGAGCCUAGAGCAACCUACCAGAUCGAGAACUUUGCACAAGCGUUUGGUUCUCAGUUUAAGUCGGGCAGCAGGGUGCCAAUGACUUUUAUCACUAACUCUAAUGGAGAAGUGGACCAUAGAGUAAGGACUUCAGUGUCAGAUUUCUCAGGGUAUACAAAUAUGAUGUCUGAUGUAAGUGAGCCAUGUAGUACACGAGUAAAAACCCCAACCAGCCAGAGUUACAGGUAAGGUCCUGACUGACUAGGCUGUGGGGUCUUCUUAAUGUAAUUUGUUUUACUUUGACAACACUGCCAUUGGAAUGUUUCUACACGGUCCUAUUAAGAAUAAUGUAACAUGCCCUUUCAAUGCAACUUUUCAUAUUUAGUUUAUUUUGUUAGUGUGAUUUUUUUUUUAGCUCUGUUUAUUAUGGUUUUUAAUCAAAAAUCAAUAGUUUAAAAUAGUGUUUUUGUUCAAGUGACAAUGUUUAGCAAUCAAAUUUACAUUAUGUAAAUUGUCAGGGAAUAGCCCAAAAGUUUUAAAUGCAAAAAAUUAACUUUUUUCCUAGGACUGAGGUUUAUUCUAAUUGCUUUACUCUCAGGAAAGUGUAAUGAAGCAUGGGAAUUCUAUGCACCGUUAGUGUAUUGGAACUUCCAAUUUACAGAUGAUGACAAAUAUAUCUCAGCUUUUUGAGGAAGGGAUCUAUGACAUUUCAAAUUGCUGUCUUUUAUGUCGGCUGAUCUGAAAGAAUUUUGCUACCUAAAUCUUGUUGUUUUUAAAGUACUCCUGUUCUUCCAGGUGACGCUCAUUCCAGGCAGGUGGAGCAAAUACUCUUGGGUCUGUAGGAUGAGCCCAGCACGGUAGCUUUAAUCUGAACAGUAAUGUCCCCAGAACUGCAUGAGACUGUAAUUCCGUAAAGAGAUUCUGUUGACACAAACCAUGAGAACAAAGUGUGUGCAUCUGGUUCAUGUCAUUAGAACCCCAACUUGAAACUACAGUCGUAAUCCAGAUAGGCUUUUGGGAUACAUUAUUUAUUAUACAUGGUUCAAAAAAAUCUUCGUUCGCGAAGCCUAGCCAUGAUGAUGAUGAUGGUUCAAAAAAGUCCAUCUCUUGCUCUUCCCCUUUUUCAUGUUCUUUUAGUGUAAAAGGGUCCCUCUAUUUUAUUGUGUUCCUGGUUCCUCUGGACUUGGUCUUGGUGGUCCCCUCACCCUUUUCUUUCCCUUAUUCCCUACUCACUCUCUCACCCCAACUUAAUAGCUAGCAUUUAAAAAGAUUUACAUUCCAGAAAGUGCAUAUCUUAUGAUGUGCUUUCUGAUGUCUUAAGACAUCAGAUGUUGAACAAUGAACACCCACAUGUUUUAGAACUAUGUCGAGGUUUCCAUGUACAAUAAGAAAUAAUAUACUCCCAAUUGUACAUAUUAAGGCCCUUAUCCUGCAUCAGGAUCAGCUAACACGGACCCCUGUGCCCAGCUGGGUACCAGUGGUGUCACUGAAGCUCUUUACAGAGAGAGGGGCUUGCAGCAGUUCAUCAUGGCAGGCUUUUAGGGCCUAAGGCUGCAAUUCCAUCAAAGGCUUCUGGUGAUGACAUCAACUACAAAAGUAGAACUUGAGUGGCUUGUUAAUAUCAACAGAACUUUUCUUUGGAAUUAUUGCCUUACUUUAUGUAUAUUUUGUGGUACAUUAUUUAUUAUAUGUGAAUCCUGAUUAAUGCCUGUGGAGCCAUGGAAACCUGCUAGAAAUACUGGUGGCCAUUCAAAGCUGCUGAAAGGCAGUGGCACUGCUCUAAACCACUUUUUGCAAAUGUAUUUUUUAAUUAGUUUUUUAAUGUAAUUUUGGUGAUGUUUAUGAUGAUGGUUUUUUAUGUACUCUUGGUGAUGUUUCAGUCUUACGUACUUUUCUGUUGUCAGGAAGGUACCAGUGGUUGUUUGCAGUCUUAUUGUGUAAUCAGCCUAUUACAGGCUUCCAUGUAUAAUAAAGUUAUUAACAUUGUGCAAGUGUAAAACACUUCUGGUUAUGAAAGUGGUGUAUUAUUAAAGGAAUUGUUACAAAAAUCCUGGGUAAUUUCUCCUGUUGUCCCUCACCACUAAGAAUUGAAACCUGAGCCCACUCGUGAUCUCUUUUAGUAGUAAGUGUCUUUUUUUUUUCCCCCUCACUAAUCUAGAGUUUGUUCUCAUAGAGUCCGUGUAACUCCAUUAACUUUUUAUUUAUACUUGAUUCUGUAUUUCAUGCUGUUUCAGUUUAAAUAAGCAAACAACAACUGUUCUUUACUCACAGAACCCAGCUGGUCAUCGGGGAUGGAAUAGUCCGUAACCACUGUGUUGGCUUUUUGAGUACCUUUUCUUUUGUUUUACAGAGGUUAUAAUUUACGUUCUUUAUAUUGUGUGUAGUAGAAGUUGCAUAUGUAUUGUUCUGGCUGUUUGCUUUAACUUAAUAAAACCCAUUAUUCACAAAAUCA